AUGUCGUUUUUAAGAGAGCCACUUAGCAGAUUGAAAUGGGGGAUUUUCCCAACCAGAAGAAUAGUGGAUGAAGAUGAACAUGGAAACUUUAUCAAUGAUGAUCCAACAGAUGUUGAUGCUGAUGUUAAUGAUGGUGUUGAUGUUCCAAGUGACACUAAACUUGAAAGUGAUUCUGAUGUAACUGAUAGCAACCCGUCUAUUUUGGAAUACCGUGAUGAAAAAGAUCGUCCAUGGUGGAAAUUCUUUGAUGAAUACGAAUAUAGAAUCACCACAGAAACCAAAACUAAACGAAAAUUCUUUGACUGGUUUCAUCCUGAUGAUACCCCUGAAGAAAAAAGGGUUAUUUUAAAAAUAGAUUUAUUAUUAACUUUUUACUCGGUGUUAGCUUAUUGGGUCAAAUAUUUGGACCAGACUAAUUUGACAAAUGCGUAUGUUGGUGGUAUGAAAGAAGGACUUGACAUGAAAGGAAAUGAUUUUGUGAAUACUGGGGUCAUGUUCUCGAUUGGUAAUAUUGUUUUCCAAAUUCCAUUUAUGUAUAUUAUUUAUGCAUUACCUUUGAAUUAUGUUUUACCAUCCUUAGAUCUUGCAUGGUCCAUAUUGACAGUUUGUUUGUACAAAUCUGGUAAUGUUGCUGGUUUGAAGGCAAUCCGAUUUUUUAUCGGGGCAUUUGAAGCUCCAUCAUAUCUUGCCUACCAUGCUUUAUUUGCUUCAUGGUACAAGUCAAGUACUGGGGAAGUGACCAGAAGAGCAGCCGCUUAUUACACGGGACAAUAUAUCGGUGUAUUAACCAGUGGUCUUUUAUCUGGUUCCAUAGAAAGACACUUAGGUGGUGCAGGUGGUCAUGAAGCGUGGCAAUGGAUUUUUAUAAUGGAUGGUAUUAUCUCCGUUGUUGUUGGUCUAAUUGGUUAUUAUAUGAUUCCAGGUACUCCAGAAGAUUGUUACAGUAUUUUCUUGAGCGACGAAGAUAUAAGAAUUGCCAGAAGAAGAAUGAGACAAGAUCAGAAAGACUCUAAACCAAGAGAAAACGCUGUCAAGUAUUUCUUUAAUGUUGAAAUCUGGAAGAAGAUUUUCACAUCUUGGCAUUUUUAUGUGCUUUCAUUAUGGAAUAUUUUUUGCUGGAAUAAUUCAAAUGGUAGUUCUGGUGCUUAUGCUUUGUGGUUAAAGUCCUUAAAAAACGAAGAUGGUACUCCAAGGUUUGGUGCAGGAGAAUUACAGGACUACACAGCUUUGACUCCAGGAUUGGGGUUGAUUUGGUUGGCAAUAACGAGUCUUAUUGCCGAUCUUUUGAAAUGUCGUUGGGGUGCAAUUUUGUUUUCUCAAGUGUUCAACAUGACGGGUAAUAUCUUAUUGGCGGCGUGGCAUAUUGCUGACGUGCCAAUGAUUGGCUGA